AUGUCCGACGCUACCUUCCACACCACCCGCCAGGAUCUCCGCAAGGAGGAAUCUAAGGUCGCCCAGAAGCACGGCGGUGUUGUCCCCUCCGAUUCCGAUGUCUCGCAGAUGAAGUCCGUUAUCGACCAGAACACCGACAAGUCUGCGCAAAUUGACAAGGCCAAGUCCAACCUGCCUUUGCCCGAGGACCCUCCUGUCAAGAGUGACUGGAACUCCGCCGAUCAGCGCACCGUGAACGUUGGCUCCGGUGGUAUUUCGGGUCCCAUCUCUUAUGACCCCAACAGCGGCCUCGAGGGCACCACUACUGCCGAUAGCAGCGUCCGUGUGGACGGCAACCAACUACACAAGAACACCGGGCCUGGCAACGCUGGUCGUCAGGCAGUUGAGGGUCUGGAAGGCCUUCCCAAGGAUGCGACUUCUCGCAACUAA